AUGUCCCCCCACUCUUACCUAGGUCUUCCCCCCAUCCCACAGGAUUUAAAACCCGUCACAUCUUUUUUACAAAGGGCGGACGAGCUCAAGGCACAAGACCCUAUAAUUGCAUACUGGUGUGCGUACUACGCGGCUCAGGUCGGCAUUGCCCUUAAAGCGCCCGCACCUGCUAACCGGGCCUUCCUAUCGUCCCUCCUCACCGCACUCGAGUCCCUUCGAACGACCAUCGGUCCCUCUGACGCCGUCGACGUCGAGUCCGCUUCCUCAGCAUAUACCGAGAACUUUGCCCUUCGUGUGUUCACUUUGGCCGACAACGAAGACCGUCGCGGUGUCGCCACCCGUUCCACGGCCAAGAAAUUCCUCGCGGCUGCCACGUUCCUCGAAGUCCUCAAGGUUUUCGAAGACAAGGGACCGUGGAAGGCGCACGAGGAUAAAGUCCGUUAUGCCAAGUGGAAGGCGGCAGACAUCGCCAAGGCGUUCCGGGAGGGCCGCAAACCGACGCCAGGCCCCGCCGAUGCAGAACCAGAGGAACAGCCCUACGAAAUGCCGUCUGUUCCUUCGGCGAUAGUCUCGUCCCAGACCCCAUCACCGUCCCAGGACAGUCAGCGUGGAACGCCCCCAAAGACCCAACGGGAAGGCGACCAUCGCGCGCGCGUCAGUGGCGAGCUUGAAGGACGCGAAGACGACGGCCUCUACGAGCAACCGAAGAAUGCUGCCCACUUCACCCCACUUGCCUCGACAUCGCUACCGAAGACAGCUGCAUUCUCCGGACUGCCCACCGUCGGCGAGGAGUCUUCGAUGCCCAUCACAUCACAUCCAAAGCCAGCGUCUAUCCCCAUCGCAGGCAGAGGCGCAAGCGGCAGUUCACCGCCGUCGUCGGUCUCUUCCUCUGGGUCUGGAUCUUCGAAGAAACGUCGCUCACGUACGACGUCGCUGACAGCGUCGAGUCCACCGACAAACGGGAGUACUGUUCCAACCCAAACACAUGGGCACAGACGCGAUCGCACGGGUUCCAUCGGCGCGUCAUCUGUGACCUCAGUUACGGGUGUGUCCGCACCCUGCAGGUCCGCAUCGCCCACGCAUUAUGUGCCCCGCGCAUCGCCCACCAGCGCAGGCUCAGGUCCGGGCGUAUCAUCUCCAUACGCAUCGCAGCAGCCGCAGCCGCCAUAUAACUCGUCGAGCGCGGUAUAUCUCUCGCAUCCUCCGCCCCCGCCCCCGCCUUUACAAGAGUUGACGCCAUCUAUCAUUGCCAAAGCGCAGAAGCAUUGUCGGUUUGCGAUUUCGGCGUUAGACUAUGAGGACGCCGAGCAGGCGCGGAAGGAGCUGCGGGCAGCGCUCGCGAUACUGGGCGAGUAG